AUGGAGGUCACAGCUCUCUGCUUCAGACUGGAUGCAGCUUUUCUUCGUAUCACUCCCAACAGACUGCAACACUUUAAAUCAGACUCUGUGUCUUUUGACUGUGUCGGGUCUGAUGCCUCAACUAACCUGAGAGUCAAGAAAACUAAGGAUUGUGAUCCUGAAUGUGACAUUGAGACAUACGCAGGGUCCUCCAGCACCAUUGACAGGAUCUAUCCAUCAGACAGUGGAGAGUACUGGUGUGAGACUGGAGGAGGAGAGAGAAACAACAGAGUCAACAUCACCGUCACUGCUGGUCCUGUGAUCCUGGAGAGUCCUGUCCGCCCUGUGAUGGAGGGAGAAUCUGUGACUCUGAGCUGCAGAACCAAGACUUCUACCAACCUCCCAGCUGAUUUCUUCAAAGAUGGCCGCCUCAUCAUGGAGAGCAGUUCUGCAGAGGCGACCAUUCAAAAUGUCUCCAAGUCUGAUGAAGGACUCUACAGGUGCAGCAUCAGUGGUGGUGGAAGAUCCCCAGAGAGCUGGCUGGCUGUCAGAGGUGAGAAUGUUACAAAACAGCAUAAAUAUUAUAUUUGUCUAGUUUAA